CAACUAAGUAAAGGAAGGGUCCGACACAUACACAUAUUAAUAGACACAGUCUUCUUUCUCCUUACAGGGUUACCCUCUCCCACAUCCAUAAAAACCCAAUCCAUUCAACAAAUCUCAAUUCACACUUCAAACCUUGGAUCCUCUUUCUCCUUUUCAUUCGCCAAUCAUCAAAUAUUAUAAUAUAAUAAUUAAUAAAAACCAAUCAAAAAACCAACAUUACACACAACACAACCUCUCAAACAAAACAAAACAAAACAAAACAAAAUAUGUCAUCAUCCCCUUUUCCUUCUUGUUUCCGUCCCUCUCCAACCACCGACGACAACCGUAAUUCUCCACCACCACCACCGUCUCCGCCACAUUCCACCAACCCUAACCUCACCACCUAUCUUUACCAAUCCAACGUAGGUUUAGUUUCAUUGACUUGGUCACGUUCUAUUCUUGGUCGUUCUCUUCACGUUCAACUUCAUCAUCACCCAUUCGAUUCACCACCAACCAAUCCUUCUUCUUCUUCCUCCUCCUUUCAUCUCCAUAUCAAACCCUUCAUUUUCUGGAAAAAACACGGAACAAAAAAACUCUCUUCAAAUACACACUUGUUCUGGAACCUCUCUAAAGCUAAAUUUGGGUCAGGACCUGAGCCAGAUUCCGGCUUCUACUUCGCCGUUGUUGUUGAUAACGAGAUGACUCUUUUGGUCGGAGAUUCAAACAAAGAUGCGUAUGCAAAGUCCAAAUCUAAAGAACACAAGAAUAAUUUUCAGUAUUUGGUGAUGAAAAGAGAGCAUGUUUAUGCUAACAAAAUCUACAACACGAGAGCGAGAUUUGGUGGGAAAAUGAGAGAGAUUCAGAUAGAUUGUGGUGGAAGAGAUCAUUCCAGGCUUUGUUUCAGUGUUGAUGGACAAAAAGUGUUGCAGAUUAAGAGAUUGAAAUGGAAGUUUAGAGGGAAUGAGAGAGUUGAAAUUGAUGGUGUACCUGUUCAGAUCUCAUGGGAUGUUUAUAAUUGGUUGUUUGUGAAAGAUAACAGUGAUGGGCACGCGAUUUUCAUGUUCAAAUUCGAAGAAGAAGAUGAAGAUGAACAACAACGAGGUAAAGAGAAGAGUUUGACGAAUUUGCUAGCGCAACAGAAUUUGAAUUUGGGUGUUUAUGAGUUAGGGAAAAUGGGUAAGAGUUGGUCGUCUUCGUCGGUUUCAAUGGCUUCUUCUGGUGGAUCUUUUGGUGCAAGUUCUUCUGUUUUGGAAUGGUCUAGUGUUGAGGAGAAUGAAUUGGUUGUUCCUGUUGGGUUUUCUUUGCUUGUUUAUGCUUGGAAACGAUGAAUGGUGAUUCUGUUUCUGGUUGCAUUUUGUUCUGUUCUAUGAUCAUUUUAAUUAGACAGUGUUGCAACUGGUUUAAGUUUAGAUUUUUAUUGUCACACCUCACUAACACAUUUGUUUUGUGAACAUAGAGAUUGAAUAAAUGUAGUUUUAGAAUUUAGAAGCUUAAGAGAAUCCAAUGUUUUGAUAUUAGAUCUAACAUAUUAUUCUUUACGAUGGAGAAGAUCAUAGAUAGCACUAGUUGGAUUUGGAGGAUUUUGUACUUUUUAUUUUUACUUGGUAUUGCCUUAAGGAUUGUGGAAUUUAUUUAUUACAAUGCAAUGUAAUUUUUUUCUUCUUCAUAUAUAACUCAAUUGUUUGCAGCUAA